UUACGCUGGUGAUAACCCGUUAAUAAGUGAUAAUAUUUUUCUUUCUAAAACAAUCUAUUUGUUACUUUUCUUAAGGCGAGAAUAAAAUAGCGGCAGUAGGUCUUUUAUUUCACAUGCUUUUUAGAAAACUCCCAAGUUAUCCUUACUCUCAUUUUCAAAUAAGGAGUGAUUUAAAGGAGACUUAAACACCAACUUUUUAAAUAUGGACAGAUUCUUAUAAUGGACUCAAACACUCACGACAUACGACUAAAACAAUAUAUAUUGAGAGUUACUUUAAAAACACAAUAGUACACUUAACUCAACCGCGCCAGAUAAUUAUGCCGUACCUUUAGUUUUACUUGCGCAUUGUUUUUAAUUACAUUAUUUAUCAACUAUUAAAAUGUGAUACGACAAAACAAUUAAAACUUAAUAUCUUUACAACACCACAAUAAAAUAAAGCAAAUUAAUUUUGACCAAGUUUGGGCAUGCAUGAAAAGAAAUUACCAUUUGGUUAGAGAAAUAAUUGACGCUCAACAAGAAAUGUUGUUAUAAUGGAGAACAUAUUUAUAAAAUUGACAUGGAAUGUUGGAGUAUUAAAACGAACUCAGAAAACAACAUAAAUUUGAUGUAAAAUAAAUUCAAUGUAGAGGAAAAAACAACAAUAUUCAUUAAAAGGCUACAAAAAUAAUAAUAACAUCUGACAUCAAACUUCACAAAAGACAAAAUGUUAUUGUGCACAGUUCUACUGAUGUAUGUUGUUAAUACUGUUCACUCGCAGUUGUUAAGAGGUUUCCCCAUAAACGAGUUUAUGAAUGCUACAGAAUUUAGUAAAAAUUACCCAUUUUAUCGACUGCUUUGUAAUGGAUUAAAAGCAAUUGGAGAGCCGCAGUGUUGCGAAUGCGACAAAGAUUGCAUAAAAUACAGAACAUGUUGUAUCGACAAGUUAUGGGAUUCCGAGAAACCAUUACCAUUACAACCAUAUCUUUCUAAGUUUAUAGAAGAAACAAAGAAACACAAGGAAAUAUCAUGUGAGCCUGUUUUAAACCAUACUCAACAUAAAAGUGAAACAUUCUUAAUGGUAACUUCGUGUUUGCCUGGAGCAAAUCAAAGUGAUGUUAAUGGUUGUAUUUCUCCUGGUAUAGAAAUUAAUAAUUACAGUCCUAUUGUCGACGAAAGCCUUUAUUUGUAUCGAAAUGAAUACUGUGCAAGGUGCAACUUUAUCACUAAUUUUAAGCGGUUAGACAUAAAGGCUCGUUGCAUAAAUGCUUCCAUUGUUGCUACAAGAAAACACAUUAACUGGAGCACCUUAUCAAGUCUCAAGGGUUGCGAGUUUUUUCUUGAUCAGAACAUCGUGAACAAACAGUUGAAGAGAUGCCUAUCGGUAUCUGGAUGCAGCAAAGGUAACCCUUAUUAUGACUUAUGUCAAAUUUACGGUAAAUCUUUGGGUUCUUACAAGAAUUAUCAUUGCUAUAAAUGUGAAGCAUCAAGUAAAGGCUUCAAAAAUCAAUUGAUCACAGACAGCUGUACAUCAGAUUGCAAUAAAAAUUGUCCUUCUUAUGAUGAAACAGCAUUGUUAUUUGCAUUUACAAUGUCUUCAAAUGGAAGCCACAUGGACAUUAUCAAUUUUAGGCAACUUUUCCCAAUAAGAACGUUUUUAAACAUUCCCUUGAGUUAUAAACUACCUGUUGGUGAAAACUUUGAACAGUAUUUAUGUCGUGGCAGGCGAACAAAAUGUUGUGAUUGUAGUGAAACUUGCAUGCAGAGAAAGCAAUGUUGCAUUGAUAAAUUCUGGAAUGAAACAAAUCCAGUACCGUAUAACUCAUAUCUUGAUUUGUUUGUACAAAAAUCAAAACAUUUCAAAGAUUAUUCCUGCGAACCAGUUUUACCAUAUGCUUCAUCCAUUGGCCAUACAAGUGAAUAUAGAUUAAUGGUAAAGUCGUGUCAUCAAGCUUUUAAUGGUAUUGAAAAAAUUGAAUGCAUAUCACCUUCUAAUUCGCUACAGCCAAACUUCCUUCCGGUACUGGGAUCUGACGGUUACGUUUACAGCAAUUCCUAUUGCGCCAUAUGCAAUUUUCUUAAAGAUUUUCAGGUCAUAAAUAUUACAGCAGAUUGCGCAGACAUCUGGCCACCAGCACCUAACGAAUUUAGAAAACUUUAUCAAAAUUCUUCAGCUACUUUAAAUCUACAAAGAAACUUCCAGGGUUGCGUUUUUAAGAGCAGCGUGUCCAUACCAUGUAAAACUGGCAGCAAAUGGAACAAGCCUUGCCCGUAUGGAAGCCCAGAUUAUGAUCUGUGCAAAUCUUAUAGCGGUAAAAUGAAGUCAGUUGCCAACUACCAUUGUUGGAGAUGUCACAAUUUUCUAGCAAAUACCACUUUUCCUCCUAUAGUGAAUUGCGAUCCUUUCAAAUGCCCAGCAGGAGAUUGUCUUGUGGUUGUACAACCCCCACCAUACUUACCCUGGUCAUUUUUGGUGAGCUUUUCUGAAACAACUAAAUUUCAAGUGAGAGGAUUUGGCACAAAAACACUUUGCCAAAACGGUACUACAUACGACAUCGAAUCCUCCACAUGCGUCCAGUAUCUUUGCUCUAAUCUUUAUCAUCAAAUUGCAGGGAAGUGUGUAUUAAAAACACCUGCAGUCCCUAAAGUAAUUACCCCCAUUGUAUUAGAGCCUAAUUUUGACAAUUGCAUUGCCGCACAAAAGAGUGUUUUCUUUUUUAUACUAGAAAGGAACACUUCUAUAAAUGAAUUAGAAAUUAUUUCUAAUUUUCAUGCAGUCACAAACAUCACACUGACGCUAAAGACAUUAGGUAAAAGUCUUAUCAAAAUAGCCAAUUGUACAAUUACUGAAGAUAUGCUCGACACCAUAAUGCAUACUCCUUUGGAAAAUGUAUUUCUGCAUGGCAUAAAAAAACUAAUAAUUGCUAAAAAACUAAAAACAGAAUUAACACAACGCUACGGUUUUGACUUAUCGAGGAUAUUCUCACACAAGAUAUGCGCUAAACCAAUCCUGAAUGAUGCAAGAAAUGUUACUGUUUCCCCAACAUGCGACAUUGUCCAGAACAAUUUUUCCACACAAUUAAAAGACGUCUCUAUGUGGAUAGAGAUAACAAAUGCAAAACGAAGCAGGCUAUACAGUACUUGUGAAAUACUGCAUUUGCAUUCAGACUGUCCGUUAAAACCCCUUAUUAAUAAUGUAACUGUCAACAAAUCUAAUUUUUUGAUACAUAAAACACAAAAUGGUGAAACUCACUACAGACCAGAAGAUUAUUUGCCUCUGAAAACAGGAUUUGGAGUUUGUAUCAGUUCUCCAACCCGACACGCUAUUACCUAUAUUUGGUUGAAGGAUUUAUAUGAGGUAGAACAUUACAUUUCUAUUGUUGGUACAUCCAUAAGUGUGUUAUGCUAUAUAUGGAUAAUAUCAACGUUUAUUGGGUUUAAAGAAUUGAGAACAUUGCCUGGUUUAAACACGUUAGGUAUGUGUUCAUCACUACUCUUUGCAGAUGUGUUAUUCUUAUUAACAAUGAAAGCAAAAGAAUCAUACACGUUCUGUUUAACAGUGGCAGUAUUGUUGCAUUGGAGUUUGUUGCUAUCAUUUUUAUGGAGUAUAUUGAUAGCCUAUGACCUGGUUGUAAAAUUUGGAACCUUUAAAGUCUCUUCAAGAGAAAACAAUGUAAGAAAGUUUUUGCCCAGAUGCAUCUUAGCACUUUUAAUAUCAACUGUAAUAGUGGUGAUAACAGUAAGUUUAGAUCAAGGAUCGAAUGUUGAUGUGGGCUAUGGAAUUAAUCGUAUUUGUUGGAUUAAUUAUCUUCAUGCACGAAUUGCAGCUUACAUUGUCCCCAUAUCAUUGGCAUUUUUGAUCACUCUAUGCUCACUCUCUUAUACAAUGUAUAAAAUUCAUCAUGAAUUGAAAGUGAACGAAAAGGUCUUAAAAACAGGCUCAUUUAGAAAGCUUAAGACAUUGAAAAUUGCAUUAAAGUUAACAAUAAUACUUGGUUUAUCCGAAGGAAUAGGAUUUAUUCAAAUCGUGAAAUCGGAUCUCAGUGAACGUGAGUUGGCAAUUAAUGCAAGUUUUGGAUUCGUGUAUUCUUUAUUUCGAAGUUUACGUGGUGUUAUGUUGUGGUUGGUGUACAUACUUGGUGCAAACGCGUUUUCUAUGUAUAAAAAACGUAUUCAGAGUUUUAGAAGAAAGCAUGCGGAAGAAUCUACGCACUUAGAUACAAAAAGUACCGGACUGAACUCGUCUAACAAUGAAAUAAAUGGAGCAAGCGUUGCAGAUUCAAGGCUUUAAAUGUUAUCGAUUGAGAUUUAUUCUUUGUCUUUUGACAAAUUAAACGAAUUUUCUCUUACCAGAGUACUACCAAUGGAGUUGUUGGAAUGGGGUUUGACAAACAGGUUUACGUUAUUCAUAGUUGAUCAACAUUGAUAUUCAAAGAAGUGUAUAAAACUUCUAUGUUCGAUGGGAGAUUGUGUCAAUGUGAAACAAAGAUAUCGCGUAUAAAAGCCAGCAAUUUUUUUUAAAUAUAUAUUUCAUUGUUUUUAAAAAGUAAGACUUGUCUUAGUCUGGUUUUUUAGUGUAGCAAAUAAAUAUUACAGGGCGUACAAUCUCUCGAAAUUAUAUGAAUGAGGGUGGGGAGGAAUUGAUUGUCUAUCAUUUUCGUAUCUCUUUUACUACUGCGCUGUAGAUCAACAGGAACUGUAGAAAAAGUGUUCCUUAAAUAAGAACAAAAGAAAGCUGAAAUCUGAAACUGUGAUCUUAAAGUGAUCAACCCGUUAGGAAAAACAUAAUAAGAAAUCAGGAUGAAAAAAGAUUAAAAUAUAACAACAGUAAGUACCAGGAUAGAU